AUGUCAGAGAAGCAAAACCUCGUAGAAGUUUACGGAUCGAAAAAGAAGCGGCGAGCAGAAGAGUCAGAAGUUAUCAUUCGAUUCAAUCAAAAGCCUUCGGCAGGUAUUGCUUACGCAGCACAGUGUGGGCAUAUUGACCCAAUAGACGCAGUUGAUGUCGCAGCAUUUUUACUGAAAAACAAGGAUAUUUUUGAGAAAACACAAAUCGGGGAAUAUUUAGGUCGCGAGGUGGAGUACCAAGGCGGGUUCUCUCUCAAAGUACUGCAUCAGUACGUCCGACUGCUUGAUUUUGCCGGUCUAGAGUUCGACGACGCCAUACGUUUCUUUCUGAGUGGCUUUCGUUUACCUGGUGAGGCACAGAAGGUAAGUAAACUUCUCUAUGUCUUCGCUCUGCCGUUUCUCUUGUCUCAUCUAUUCACACAAUACGCUCAGAUUGACCGCAUCAUGGAAAAAUUUGCGGAACGGUUCACUGAGCAGAAUCCUGAGGUCUUUCCCUCGGCAGAUGUUGCCUUCAUUCUGGCCUUUUCAAUCAUAAUGCUGAACACAGAUUUGCACAACCCUGCGAUCAAGGAAGAACGGCGAAUGACAAAGGACGGUUUUAUCAGGAACAAUCGUGGUAUUUGUGAUGGUCAAGACCUUCCCGAGGAGCUCUUGACGGGUGUUUUUGAUCGCAUCCAGAAUAACCCAAUUAGUCUUAAGGAAGACGACGAGGCACGGGAA